GCGUCGGCGUGUUGCAUACUUUCACUUUCGCUUCAGAAUUUGACCAGAGUGUUUUGAUUCAACCCAAGCGCUGAAAACUGAACCAAAUAGAAAAAUAGAGUGAAUAUUAGCAGGACAAAGUCGACGGAAGAACACAGUAGGAAAACCCACCAUGGCGUUUAAGUAUCCUGCCGCGAGAAGAGAUGAGAGCAAGGUGCAUGACUACCAUGGAACUGAGAUCUGUGAUCCCUAUGAGUGGCUGGAAGACCCUGAAAGUGAAGAAACCAAGGCCUUUGUUGAAGAGCAGAAUAAACUGACCAUGCCGUUCCUGGAAAAGUGUGCUGUCAAACCUCGGUUCCACCAGCGUCUCACUGAGCUAUAUGACAAUCCCAAAUAUAGCUGUCCUUACAAAAGAGGGGAAAGGUAUUUCUACUUUCACAACAAAGGCCUCCAGAAUCAGGAUGUGCUGUAUGUGCAGGACGCUUUGGACAAGCCUGCCACUGUCUUCUUUGACCCCAACACCCUGUCUGAAGACGGCACUGUGGCACUGAAGAUGGGGCGUCUCUCAGAGGAGUGUGAGUAUUUUGCAUAUGGUUUGACUAGCGGUGGCUCCGACUGGGUAACGGUUCACUUCAUGAAAGCCGAUGAUCUCACCGUGCUGCCUGAUGUACUGGAGAGGGUCAAAUUCAGCUGCCUGGCCUGGACCCAUGAUGGGAAGGGUGUUUUUUACAACUGUUAUCCACGUCAAGAAGGCAAGAUGGAUGGCACAGAGACCACCUCCAACAUCAACCAGAAGCUCUUCUACCAUGUUAUCGGCACUAAACAGUCAGAAGACAUUCUGGUUGCGGAGUUUCCUGAUCACCCAAAGUGGCACAGUUCAGUAACAAUAUCAGAUGAUGGCAGAUACGCUGUUCUGGACAUCACUGAGGGUUGUGAACCUGUCAACCAGCUGUGGUGCUGUGACCUUCAGCAGCUUCCCAAUGGCAUCACAGGCCUGCUUCCAUGGGUCAAAAUUGUGGACAACUUUGAGGCCCAGUACUCCUAUAUCACCAAUGAGGGUACUGUAUUCACCUUUCGCUCUAAUCUGGAUGCUCCUCGGUACCGUGUCAUCAACAUAGACCUCCAGAAACCGGAGAAGCAGCAUUGGACUACCCUCAUACCACAACAUGAAAAAGAUGUCCUUGGCUUUGUGUCCUGUUUGAACCAGCACCACCUGCUGGUUAACUACCUCCAUGACGUGAAGGACAUCUUGCAGUUGUAUGAGCUAUCGACAGGCCAGCUGGUCAGAGAUCUGCCCCUCGAUGUUGGUACGGUGCUUGGAGUGAGCUGCAAGAAGAAACAUGCCGAAUUCUUUUACAAGUUCACCUCCUUCACUACACCAGGUAUCAUCUACCACUGUGACCUAAGUGAGUCAAACCCAGAGCCCAGAGUGUUCAGGGAGGUGGAGGUAAAAGGCAUCAAGCAAGAAGACUUUCAGACUACCCAGGUGUUUUAUCCCAGUAAAGAUGGAACCAAGAUCCCCAUGUUCCUAGUCCAUGCUAAGGAGCUAAAGAGGGAUGAAUCUCACCCUGUCUUCCUUUAUGGAUAUGGAGGCUUUGAGGCCUCUAUACAACCAUACUACAAUGUUGCUUAUCUGCUGUUUGUGAGACACCUGGGAGGGAUUCUAGCAGUGGCCAAUAUCAGAGGUGGCGGAGAGUAUGGCCUCACCUGGCACAAAGCUGGUACAUUAGGGAACAAGCAGAACUGCUUUGAUGACUUCCAGUGUGCAGCAGAGUAUUUGAUCCAAGAGAAGUACACAACCGCCAGCCGCAUAGCUAUCAAUGGAGCGUCCAAUGGAGGCCUUCUAGUGGGGGCGUGUGUGAACCAGCGACCAGACCUGUUCGGCUGUGCUGUAGCAGAGGUAGGAGUGAUGGAUAUGCUGAAGUUCCACAAAUACACAAUUGGCCAUGCGUGGACCACGGACUAUGGCUGUUCGGACGACCCAGAGCAGUUCAAAUGGAUCAUCAAGUAUUCUCCUCUUCAUAAUCUUCCACAACCACCCUAUUCUGGCCCUCCAUACCCGGCCAUUCUGCUACUCACCGCAGAUCAUGAUGAUCGCGUGGUUCCUCUCCACACCCUCAAGUACUGCGCUACCUUGCAGCAUGGCGUGGGCAGCAGUCCCAGGCAAAGUCAGCCCCUGAUGGUCUUGGUAGACACCCGUAGUGGGCACGGUGCAGGGAAACCCACUGCCAAGGCCAUUCUGGAAGACACCCACAUCUUCUCCUUCGUAGCUGAGACCCUCGGGCUCAUCUGGAAGGAGUAAGGAAUAUAGUACUGGAGAAAAGGGAAAUAUCUGAAAUAUAUGGGAUAGAAAUGUAGUGGGAGAAUGUAAUUUUUUCCUCAGAUUUAGUUUCAGAUAAUGACAAGAGAGUCAGGAAAAGUGUGAUGAACUGGGUGAAUGGGGGAGCAAAAGAAAAGUACGAUACGAUUUAUAAAGGGCUAACAAAGUGUGAUUAAAAUCUGAUUAUAAUAACUUCAUUGAAAGCUUUUAACUGUAAAUUUUUUCAAUCAAAUACUGGUGAAGUUUACAUAUUGUUUUUGGAUGCUUACUGUCAGAUUUGAAAUAAAACGAGUCAACAUUUUCACUGAAUGCUUUUUUGUGGUAACGUCUGUCUAUCAUUGGUUAAUGUAGAGUCCAAAGUCUUUAAAAGAGAUUUAGGUGGAUCAGACACAGAGGUAGCAUACAAAAGAAUAAAAUACAUAUUUUACAGCUGUUUUUUUUUACCUAUAUCAUGCAAAAUGGACCCUUUUAUAUAUAAUUGUAUAAUUAUAAUAAUCUGUGUUCAACCAGCCUUUUUUAUACUGAAAUACUUUUAAUAAAUUGUAGCAUACUGCAUCUAAAACCUGAAGGACCUCUGGGGAAAAUUUUAAGUGCCGUAACAAUCAUCUAAAGCAUUAAAGAAACAUUCCAAACCUUCUCCAAAAUAAUUUUACUUUUAGAGUACUGUGUAGACUUUUUUUCCACCAACAGAGGACACUGCGGACCACCUA